CAAAGUCAUGGUUGGUUGAUAGCAUUCACAAAGAAACAGCUUAAUAUACCAAAUCGCAUGACUAAAGAUACAGUAAACCCUUGAAAAACACCCAUUUCCUGAUUGGAGACACUUCACAUAUGCACCUCACUGAAAAACCAACCGAAGAAUUUUAAGGAUUUUAUAUCAAGAUGGCUACCAAAAUCAAUGAUGAUGCUUUCAGAGAGCUGUUAUCAGAUAUUUCAAAAUGGUAUGAUCAACGCGAAUACACAAAUAUGCUCAAAGUAUUGUACAAAGAUCUUUUAAAAGAUAAUUACAAGUUAAAUAAGGCUACAAAGGUGAUGGAAUUAAUGAAUAUGUUAACUGCUUCUGGACAUCUUCACUCAGCUAAUCUCAAUGUUCUCUAUGAUACCAUAAACAUAACAGAGCAAAGAGGGAUCAAAGAUAUACUGCCAGUAUUUCAAAAUGUUGAAGAUGUAGAAAUCUCAAAAUUCACACAUCACAGACGAAAAGUUAUGAAGCUUGGAAUGGUACUGAUUGAUGAAGAUGUAAAUAAGAUCAGUGCAUUAUAUAACGAUCCAGUGAAGGAAUAUGCAGACACAUGGAGUUUGAUUAUGGAUCUGGAGCACAACAGGGCAAUUUGUGAAGGAAAAAUGAAUGCCUUCAUUGAAAAACUGAAUUCCCUUAAACUCCAACAUGCUAUGGAAGCUUUAACAGAAGAAAUCCCAAAUGCAUCUUCGAACUCUGGACAUGGCCAUAGAGAAGAAAUUGCUGUGAAAUUAAUUCAGAAACGCAAAGGAGAAUCUUGUGAUUCUGAAGGACGACCAUAUAAAAAGUAUGCUCUUAAUUUGUUAAAUGAUCUUGAUGAACAUAAAGACUCCCUAACUUUAAAGGAUAUACCAGAAUUUUUUGACAAGUUUGAGAACCUUAUUAUCUAUUACAAAAGUUGUGGUUUAACAUUAACAAAGGUUGGGAAAGGAUCAAUAGUAUUUUACCUAUCAACAAAUGAUCCUAAUGCUUUGAUGCAGCUAUGGGAAAUAUAUUCUAGUGGAAAGCUCAUCAAAGAUUUAGCUAACAUAUUAGUCCCAGAGGAACAUCAGCAGGAGUUCAUAGAUGAAUGGAUGACGUACAUUGAUGAAAAUGAAUUCAAAGCAGUGCUCAGUAAGCUGAGAGGAAAAGGAUGUUAUUUCCAGGCGGCUACCAGUAUGUUAAAUCAGUUUCUGGAAAAUGUUGAUGAGAAGGUCUUAGAGUGUACCAUCUGCUUUAAGAGACUUGAGAAUCCAAAAUCCCUCACCUGCCUCCAUAGUUUCUGUUUGGCAUGCCUGGAAGACUGGGUUAAGACUAAGGAAGAGCUGAUUUGUCCAACUUGCUCAAAAUCAUAUCCCAUUCCAGAGGGCGGGCUUCAGAAGCUUCCACCAAAUACCUUUCUAAAUAACUUAUUAGAAACUAUAGAAAAACUUUCAGAGAGAGAUCUGAUGAUAUGUAGUGUUUGUGAAAAAGAAGAACCAGUAAAAUACUACUGCCAGGAUUGCAGACAGUACUUGUGCUCUACUUGUAGUGAUCAACAUAAGAGGUAUAGACUCUUUGCAAAUCACAAGUUACAUUUAAUGGAGGAUGUGCAAUCAAUGAGCCCCUCUCAGAUGACUUUGUUACAUCCACCUCUGUGUUCACAUCACAGUAAACCUUUGGAGUUCUACUGCACAGAUUGUAAAACUCCAAUCUGUGAGAACUGUACAAAUAUGGACCACAAGGAGUGGGAAGGAAAACACAAACCAAUCAACAUUUCAGAUGCAUUCCAAACAUUUAAAGAAACUUUAGCCACCUUGGAAAAAUCUUCCCAACACUUCAUAAACAAAUUAGAAGAUGGUCUCAAAGCUGUCCUCCAGAAUGCUACAAAAUUAGACCAAUGUAAAGACACAUGUUUGAGAGAUAUAGACAAUCACGUUGAAGAAAUAUUCAAAAAAGUAAAAGAGAAUAGAGACAAAAUGAAAAAUAAAGUAGGGACAAUCUACAAAAGAAAAAAGAAGGUAAAUGAUGUACAAAUGGAAAAAUUAAAAACAACAAUAUCUGAUAUAAAUACAAAACUUUCUUUUCUUAUCCUAUUAUUGAACACUAAUGAAAGCACAGCAAUGCAGUCAAGUGAAACAGCAAUUACAGCACUGAAGGACAGAAUAAAUGAAUUACCAAAAACAGAGCCAAUUGAUAAUGGAAAAAUGUAUUUCUUCAGAAACAAACAGCGAAGGGCUUUAUUGGGACAAUGUGAUAUUGGGACCGUAACAGAAUUGAGGGCAGCAGACUGUUUAACACUAAAAGGAGAGGAAUCUGUGAUCAAAGAUCAAUCAUUUAUUGUCAAAAUAAUCAAAACAGAUGAACAUGAAAUAUAUGCAAAUCAACUGAAGGCAACAUGGACACAUCCUUCUGGAGAAACCAGCAUCUCUCAAGUUCAGGAAGACAAUGGAGAUUAUUUUGUGACAGGAAAAUGCACAAGUCUGGGAGUUUUUCAACUAGAAGUGAGUGCUGAUAAUGAAUCAAUUAAGCAAUCACCAAUGAUAAUCAAAGUAGAAGAGAGAAGAUUAGUAAAUACUAUUAAAAUAAACUCAACAUAUAUUAGAGAUGUAGUUAAGUGUGAAGAUGACUCCUUACUGGUUUCAUGCUGGCCAAAUGAAUUGCUCAAGUUUAAGCAAUCAGGAGAAUAUGUUGGUAAGGUUACACUACCACAAGGUGUGAAAGUUGACAGAAUGUACAAAAUGAAGAAUGGUAACAUAAUUGGCAGAAUGUACAAAAUGGAGAGUGGUAAAAUAGCAUUUAGUUAUUGUUAUUAA